CGCGUCGCGUCAACAAUGCAUUUUGGAUUUAUUUUAUUUUCUUCAAAAUUUCAAAGUACUCUCUUUCUUGUACCUACUAAAUACUGAUUCUCCACUCAACUUCCCCAAUUUCCCCCAAAACAACCCCUACAAAAGAAACCCUAACUUCUCUGUUCUCUGUUCUUCUUGCAGUAUCCUAACCUCUUGCGGUUGCUGAUUGAAGAUUUUGUGUCUCCGUCUCAGAUCGGAUUUGACAUUUUAGUCAUUGAGUUUCUGAUUUUGUUUUUGGUUCGAAUAUGUCUGCUAACACCUUGAUGAACAUUCCUAAUGGAAACGGAAAUGGCAAUGUCGAGGUCCUACCGGAUCCAAGGCGAACUUACCAGAUCGUUGUCGCCGCCACUAAAGAUUGGGGUAUUGGUAAAGAUGGGAAGUUGCCUUGGCAAUUGCCUUCUGAUCUCAAAUUCUUCAAAGAUCUCACUCUGACUACGGCAGACCCUGGGAAAAGGAAUGCGGUCAUAAUGGGUAGAAAAACGUGGGAAAGUAUUCCCCUUCAAUAUCGACCACUUCCAGGUCGUCUUAAUGUUGUUCUGACUCGUUCAGGGAGUUUUGAUAUUGCAACUGCUGAGAAUGUUGUUAUAUGUGGAAGCAUGACAUCUGCUUUGGAAUUAUUAGCUGCAUCUCCUUAUUGUCUUUCGAUCGAGAAAGUAUUUGUAAUAGGGGGUGGCCAGAUAUUUAGGGAAUCCCUUAAUGCUGCUGGAUGUGAUGCUAUUCACCUUACAGAAAUUGAGACCAGCAUCGAAUGUGAUACAUUUAUGCCUUCCAUUGAUUCCUCAGUAUUUCAGCCUUGGUACUCGUCAUUUCCUCAAGUGGAAAACAACAUCCGGUAUUGCUUUGCAACGUAUGUUCGUGUGAGAACCUCUGCUGUUGAACACAUCAACCUGGAUGACAACCAGGUCCUUGACAAUAAGCUAGAUUCCUCUAAGUUUGAGAUACAAAAUUUCUCUUUCCUGCCUAAGAAGAUUUUUGAGAAACACGAGGAGUACUUGUACCUGAAUAUGAUUCAAGACAUCAUCUCUGAUGGUAAUCUGAAGGAUGACAGGACUGGGACUGGUACUUUUUCAAAAUUUGGUUGCCAGAUGCGAUUCAACUUGCGAAAAACUUUUCCGCUUCUGACAACCAAGGUAUUCUGGCGAGGUGUUGUUGAGGAGCUGCUCUGGUUCAUCAGUGGCUCAACUAAUGCCAAGGUCCUUCAAGAAAAGGGCAUUCAUAUAUGGGACGGUAAUGCAUCCAGGGAGUUUCUUGACAGUAUUGGGUUGACUGGUAGAGAGGAGGGUGACUUGGGACCUGUGUAUGGGUUCCAGUGGAGGUAUUUUGGUGCGAGGUAUACUGACAUGCAUGCCGACUACACUGGACAAGGAUUUGAUCAGUUGUUGGAUGUUAUUGACAAGAUUAAAAAUAAUCCAAAUGAUAGAAGGAUUAUACUCUCAGCCUGGAAUCCUUCUGAUCUCAAACUUAUGGCACUUCCGCCUUGCCACAUGUUUGCUCAGUUCUACGUAGCAAAUGGGGAAUUAUCAUGCCAAAUGUAUCAGCGCUCUUGUGACAUGGGCUUGGGUGUGCCAUUUAACAUCGCAUCUUAUGCUCUCCUAACGUGCAUGAUUGCUCAUGUUUGUGAUCUUGCCCCGGGUGAUUUCAUCCAUGUGCUUGGUGAUACUCAUGUUUAUAGUACUCAUGUUAGGCCCCUACAAGAGCAGCUCCAGAAACUGCCAAAGCCUUUUCCAAUCUUGAAGAUCAAUCCUGAGAAAAAGAACAUCGAUUCCUUUGUGGCUUCCGAUUUCGAACUCAUAGUCUAUGAUCCUCACAAGAAAAUAGAGAUGAAAAUGGCUGUAUAGAGCUCUACUUUAGGUUCUCUAAAUCCAAAGGCUCCAGUCCAAUUCUGUGUGGCAUCUACUUAGUUUUAAGGGCCGAUUACCGGGGUAGUAUGGCAAUGUGGCGACUUAAACUGAUAGCGAAAUAGAAAAAAAAGUCUGCUACUAGUUGGAUACAAUUUGAGGAUGAUAUGUAGUGAGAAUCCUUUAGUUCGACAUCAUUGUUGGUGGUUCUAAGGCGAUUUAGGAUACUGUAGUUUCUUGUUGUGCAAGUUUAUAUCUGUCGUUUUGGUUUUUGGGGAUUCCAUGCUACGAAUCCUUUACUCCCUGAAUUGCUCAACACAUUCUUG